AUGGCGCACAGGAAGCCGCUGGAAGACGCCAAGAAGCGCAGCGGCGACUCUGGAGUCGAACCGGAUCGGAGCGUCUUGAGCAAAGAGCAAAGGCACCAGCGCAUCAGCCUCUUCCUGCAGGAUUUCGACCACCAGGCAAAGGAGAAUCUCCAAGAGAUGAAGAAGGAACUGGCUUCGCUUCUGCAGACGGCUGAGAAAGCCUUCAGAGUAGAGCUACUGACCCUGCCCCUGGCUAUGAGGAAAAUGAAGAGGAAAGACUUGUUGGAUCUGAAAGAAGAAGAUGCAGCUGCAGCAGCAGCUGUAGCCACUCUGGAGGCAAAUGACUGUGGUAUUGGAGACCUUCUAAGUCCUAGACUAAAGAGGACAAAUAGCAAGCGAGUUAAAGUCACCACAAUUGUGGAAUAUAAGGAAGCAAAAGAGGAACAGGGGGCACACACCAAGAAAACAUCUCAGAAGGCAUUUAAAACCAAGUCACUGACUUCUGCCAUCAAGGAUAAAAAAGGCAUUCUUUGCAGGUCUGCAUCUGUGCGCUCCACUCCAAACAUGAGAUGCAUCGAGCGAUCUGCCUCUCUGCGUGAGCAGCCAAGAUCUGCUCCCAGGUUCAUCAGCGCAGACUCUAAAAGAUUUUCACGGAGGGGGCUCUCCACAGGAACUUCUGAGAGAACUCAGGCUACAACUCUUCGCAGUUCUUCUAUGCCCCCUGAACGAUCGCUUCCUUUUGUCAACAUACCUCUGAGUGAUGGGCAGACUCUUUGCUCAUCUGGCGAUGACAUCCAGAACAUCGAUGUGCAGCUAUUAAAUAAUGACACUGUCCAACAUAUCCACACUCUGGUGAACCAGCUGACGGUCCUCUAUGGAAAAGCAACAGUUAAGUCAAGUUGAAGGAAUU